AACAACUCGAAUGCAGGAACCAGACUAAUUUCGAAAUAUAUUCUCAUUGGAUCGCGUGUUAAAGUCGUUUGCAUGUUAUAGUGUUACAUUGCUGACAAGUCAUCUAGUCUCCAGAGCUUUUCCAUAACUGCACCCAUCCUCCUACUCUUUUCCUGUCCAAAUGCUUCUGUUGAAGGGCCAGAACCGGUAGUAUUCUGAUUCAAAAAGGAAAAUGAAUAAUAAACCUAUUGAGCAGGCUCUAGCCACUCUUUUACCCACGCAUGCCGAUGAUCUGCCACCGCAGCUGCUCAGUUUGGCCGUAUCUCUCGUCGCGCAGUCGCGAAGCUAUUCUACCAGCUUGAAACCCGAAGAGGAGAUCGCACGACCUUAUGCUUGCGCGGAGAUUGCUUGCAAGAGGUUGAGUCGAGCGUUGAAACUCCCUCCUCUCCUAGGCCAUCCACCAUGUCCUCCGCGCGUAUAUAAGAAGCUUUUUGCAUUUCUCGACCGGUCACUAACCAGCAGCAUGGCCGAAAUGAAGCGCUCUGUUGGCGGUCCAGGUUCGGUUCCGGGCACUCCUUCGCGUGCAACAUCCAAACCGUCGACUCCCAGGAAGGAGUUGGAUCGAACGCCUUCCAGAGGAAAGGCGACAACGCCACGAGGACUCCAAAAUACACCAAGCAGGUCGACCCCCCUGAAGAGAACGGCCAAUGGUGCUCCCAAGCAGACCGCAUAUCCACAAUCGGCGCAAAAGACCGGAAUAAUUCGUCCAAACGGCCUUUCAUCCUCAACAAUUAUUCCUGACGCUUCAGGAUGGGUGAUGACAAACAUUCGAACAGUAUGCAAGGCCCUUUCGACUCCAGCCCCGCGGACAAGUGCAUGGUCUCGACCACCGAUCUCCAGGAUGCUCCCACCCCAUAUUUUCGCAGGAGUAUCAUCCAUUCUAUACUUCAUCACUAAAUCCACCUCCGGAACAGACGACGGGGACAUAGACGAGGAGACGUUGGAAUUUCUAGAUCCCAUAAUUUCCACAAAGGACAGGGAAAACGACGAAGAAUUCAAAGAACUAGUCAACGCGCUCAUCGUAGCCGUGUAUUUCCUCGUUCUCGCUCGACGGCGGAAUCCUUCACCCAAUACCCAAGAAGCGGGGAAUAAUACUCCCAUUAAGUCACCACUUGAGCCGAAGAAACUGGACAAAAAGACAUUUGCAGAGAUGCGUCAAACCGCUCUCGUCAGCCUCGGUCUCCCCUCGACGGAGAGGAGACAUCGGGAAGAUGUCGACCAGUGGAUCGCAGUGAUCAUGGAACUUGACUGGGCUAAUGGGAAAGAGUGGUUCGAAAAUAUCCCUAUGGCAGGCGAGAUGGAUGGGGAAGAAACGGACCUUGACGAAGAAGAUUUAUAUGGUGGAGAUGAGGACGGCGGAGUGAGGAAUCCUAGAUGGAAUGCUACUGAGUCGCUUCUCUCCAGGGAUUCCUCGAGAGGCGGCCUCCUGCCUGGCCUGGGAACCAUGAUGCAGGAUCGUGUGGAUUGGCUGAGCCCGGAACGACAGGAGGACUAUAUCGAGUGGAAGGCGGAUAUAAUGCAGCGGAUUAAGAGGAUGGAGAGAGCUGGACGCAUUGCGGCCUGAUAAUUAGCGCUGAAUUCUUUUCUGGCAACAUAUUAUAUUAUACUAUGAUACCCUGUAAAAUAGAAUAGAGGGAAAAUAUUGUCUCUUGUGCGUGUAUUUCUAUCUUUGCUCUUAG